GCUGCUGACAUAAAGUGAUUUUUCAUACACGUGACUAGGCGCGUCGCGAUCGAGUUCGUUUAUUUCGUGGCAGUGCUGAUUUAACUGGUAUAACAGAGUAUAAAUACAGCGUGCCUACUACAAGAUACGUCUCCCAUUUCCCGUCCUCGAUUUACGUGCAUUACUUUCUUCACUACUCAUUCUCAACUUCAACUCGCCUUACAAUAUGAUUUCCGCUAUCUUCGACGGUGCCGCCCAUGUCACCGUCGCUGGGUGCCUCGGAGCAUUCUUUUUCAAACACACUGUGGUGGAUCGGACGUCCAAGGCCAUCAAAGAAGCAGAGAACGUCACCGCUGGCCUGGUCAUAUCCGAAUUCUGUAUUUCUGUCGCGGUACUAGUUCUAGCUUCCAACGAGACCGCCCGGAUACUCCUCAGUAAAGAUGGUCAACCCCCUCCGAAGCACAAUUUAGCCAAGCUCAACGCGCCUCUCAUUUGCAACAAAGUGUCCGAUUUCUCUACUGCAGCAGACUCAAUUUCAAUCGCAACCGAACCAUGUAGCACUCCGCCGUCCGUAUCAAUCGCAACCGACUCUUGCAGCACUCAGCCAGACGUAAUAAUUUCACCGAAUCUAAUCGCAAACGACUCUUGCAGCACUCAGCCAUCUAAUACGUGUUCUACUUUAUGCACGCCAAUACUGCCGACUUCGCCGGUUCCGAACACGAAGCGCCUCUCAAUGGAUUCUGACACGACUCUCGUCGAUCAUCAUGACGACUUCAUGAAGGACUUCUCUGGCGUGGACCUUCAGGAAAGGAAUAUCCUCCAGGACGACAGCGACUGUUCCAGUGGCGACCUAUUGCAAGGCACGAAACCACUCGCGAUCGAUGACUGGAGUGGACCCUCUCAGCGGACGCAAGUCCAGCCAAUCACCCUGGAGGACGGACGCCUGACGACCACCGACGCUUCGCUUCUCGUGGACGCUUCGACUCAUACGAUCGCGACGCCCUCUCUUGGCAGCAUCCCAACUCAGAUCGUCUCGCCUCAGCUGAAACCCCCGGAUACGAAACGGCAUCAUAAUUUCCGCCCGGGAAGACACAAGCGCGAAUCUAGAUCUGCUCGCUUGGCCGCUG